AUCGGAAAAUUCUUGACAAACAAAAAGUCUAACAUUGAAAAUAGCAUAAAUAGAUAUGUAUUCCACAAAAUAAUGAAGUAGACCGAAUUCAUGCGUACAAGUUCAACCCUGUCACAGUAGGAAACUAAUUACUAACACACGCUUGCGACAUGUCGCUGCGUUUUGUAUCAUCCUGAGCAGUUCGUGAUUUGCUCUGCGACGCACAACAUCUACAAUAGACAAAAACCGUGAAAUAUUCAAUUUUAAACGUGAAUUAUACUUCAAAGCCGUUUUAAAGGAGGUUAAAAGGAUUUGAUGACGAAAAAUAGAGAGAAAUCUAAUCAAAAUGCAUCGAGGGACUGGCGACGGAGGUCUGAGCCUCUCAUCGCUGUGCCUGAAGAUGAAAGAGAGCACCCACCGCACUCCCUUCCUCGCCUGAGCGUCGUGAUGCCAGCCAGCUCCAACUCCAGCAUGGAGCGCAUUCCCAAACCCGCGCGGAGGAAACCGCUCUCACACGGCGAUGAAUCGAUGACCGUGGUCCUGUCAGCAUUUUAUGCUAAAUUAUUAAUAGUAUUAGGAAUAGCGUUGCCUGUAACGAGCACCAUACAAAAUGAAGUUUAUACUAAUGUUACAUCUGAUCUAUUCACAAUGUAUUUAUACAUAGUCAGUAUGCUCUUCUUGGGAUACACUUUUUAUCAUCUUCGAAUAGCAAAAAGAGAGAAAGAUGAAAACGUAAAGCGCACCCGCUACGGCAGUUUCUACCUUCACAUGGGGGUGGCAGGGUUCGGAGUAGGAUCCAUCAUCUACUCUUGCCUCCAGUUCGCUGGCUACUUCGAUCUGUCAGGGGAUUGUCAGCUCGCCAUCGUGGCCAUAAAGCCAGCUCUGAGGAUACUGUACUUGGUUGCACAAACCGUCUUCAUAUUUUCUUAUACUGAUAUAUUGGAUCCCAUGCGAGGGGUGGUGCUCGAUAGAUUCGGGCUCAUGCAUCUAAUAGCAACAAACAUAUGUGAGUGGCUUAACGUCGUCGUUCAAGAGACAAGAGAUGAUAUCAUCGCAAUGGCCUACGAUCGUCCAGCAUUUAUCAGAUAUGCCAACGUCACUGGUCCACCGAAAAUAAUCAUAACAAAUCAUGUGGACAAUGCAACUUAUUUAUCAGAACAAAAGCCAUCCACUAGCACCGAAGACAGUUUUUCAAAUUUGACAUUAAGCGUUUUCAACUUUACAACGAAGAAUAUCAACUGGACCUGCAAUGUGUCCGACAUGAUCACUCCUCUCAUUAGGAGCGUGAACCCUUAUUUAAGGCCUUGUGGUGUUGAAUACAGCCUUUUGUGCUCGAUCAUUAUUUUCGUAAUCUGGAACGAUAUCUGUACAGUUCCAGGAUCGAAACCGAUGAAGGAAGUUGCGUCUAUGGUGACUGCUAAAGACCGGCAGUGCUGUGCCCGAGCCAAGUCAAAUAACCAUUUCUCUGUAGAUUGUGGAAGUGCACAUAAGGGCCUGUUUAUGGGUGUCGCAGUCCUGGCUGGAACUAUUGUCAGCCUGAUGCUCUUCAAUGGAUUGUUUCAAAAACAAGAACAUAUGAGCUUAGCUUUAUUUCAGAUAAACGUUUGGGAAUCAAUAUUGUUCUUCAUAAUGACAUUAGGAUCGGGAGCCUGCAUUCAAAGAAUGAGGACAUUGCCACUCAAGCGUGCAGUGUCAACAUUGCCUUUAGAACACUCACUGCUGCUGGUUACUCAAUGUGGAGUAUACCUAUAUUACUUAUUUCAAAUAAUUGGAGCUGGCUUCUUAAUACAUCAAUACCCUGGAGAAUCACAAGCAACCAGGAUCAUAACGCCCCUAUGUGCUGUUAUUCAAAGUUCAUGCCAAACGCUGCUAGUGCUGGACUCUUGGUACAGACGUUGUGCAGGCACGGGCCGACAACGACCGGGUCGGCAACUAGUUACAUUCCUUCUAGUGGGGAACUUCGCUCUGUGGCUUAUCAACAGAGUUAAAAAUUCAAGAGCAGAAUUUCAUCCCUUACAGAUGGAAUUCUAUGGAGUUUGGGCAUGGACUCUGAUAACACACGUGUCAGUACCGAUCCUUGUGUGCUACCGAUUUCAAGCAACCGUGUGUUUCUAUGAAAUCUGGAAAAACUCUUACAAACGAACGAGAGAAGCCAACAAUAUUGAUCCAGAUGAGUUAGAAUUAAAAAACCAUCACAGUGCUUAAUGUUAGAAUUAUACUUUACAAAGAAAAAAUGACUGAAAUAUAUAAAACGAAGUUUUUGUA